UUGCCGCCCGCUGCAGCGGCAGUCAACCUCAGCCUUCCUUAGCAACCGGUGCGCGCCGCCCAGGAGCCUUCCUAUUGGUCUCACGGAGCAUGAUGGGCAGCUGUGCCAUGCAAUCCCAGCUCGCGGUCCUUAGCUCCUCGCUUACUCACGGGAGGACUCGUAGGUGCUACCGCCCUCCCGGGCACUCCGCCCCUCCCCGGGCCGUUCGCGGCGCAUGCGCGGGCGGGCCGGGGCUGUGUGCAGGACCAGCGCGGAGCCGAGCAGCCGCGGGGAAGCGCCCGGGCUCCGCCGAGACCGUCGUACCCGCUCCUCGCCUCGGCCGCCGCCACCGCUUCAGCCGCCGCCGGGGGAGCGGCCGCCCAUUGUCUCUCUCCGCGGCGAAGGUGCGGAGCUGUUCCGGCUCGGCCCGCGGGGGAGCCCCGGAGCCGCACGUGUCCUGGGUCAUGAAACUUAAUCCACAGCAAGCUCCAUUAUAUGGCGAUUGUGUUGUUACAGUACUGCUUGCUGAAGAGGACAAAGUUGAAGAUGAUGUAGUUUUUUACUUGGUAUUUUCGGGUUCCACCCUCCAUCACUGUACAAGUACUCGGAAGGUCAGUUCUGAUACAUUGGAGACCAUUGCUCCCGGUCAUGACUGCUGUGAGACAGUGAAGGUGCUGCUGUGUGCUUCCAAAGAGGGCCUUCCCGUAUUUGUGGUGGCUGAAGAAGACUUCCAUUUCGUCCAGGAUGAAGCAUAUGAUGCAGCUCAAUUCCUGGCAACCAGUGCUGGAAAUCAGCAGGCUCUGAACUUCACCCGCUUUCUUGACCGGUCAGGACCCCCAUCUGGGGAUGUGAAUUCCCUCGAUGAGAAGGUGGCACUAGCAUUCAGACACCUGAAGCUGCCAGCAGAGUGGAAUGUGCUGGGGACAGAUCAGACUUUGCACGAUGCUGGCCCUCGGGAGACAUUGAUGCAUUUUGCUGUGCGGCUGGGACUGCUGAGGUUGACGUGGUUCCUGUUGCAGAAGCCAGGUGGCCGUGGAGCUCUCAGCAUCCACAACCAGGAAGGGGCCACGCCUGUGAGCCUGGCCUUGGAGCGAGGUUAUCACCAGCUGCACCGGCUUCUAACUGAAGAGAAUGCUGGAGAACCAGACUCCUGGAGUAGUUUAUCCUAUGAGAUACCUUGUGGAGACUGUUCUGUGAGGCAUCAUCGAGAGUUGGACAUCUACACAUUAACCUCUGAGUCUGAAUCACAUCAUGAACCCCCAUUUCCUGGAGACAGUUGCACUGGACAUAUUUUUAAACUUAUGAACAUCCAACAGCAACUAAUGAAAACAAACCUCAAGCAGAUGGAUAAUCUUACGCCCUUAAUGAUGACAGCACAGGACCCUUCCAGUCCACCCAGUGCCCCAGAGACAGAUGGCCAGUUCCUCCCCUGUGCACCUGAGCCCACGGGCGGCCAGCAGCUGUCUUCUCCUGCAGAGACCAAGAGCACCCCGUGCUGCCACGGGAGCCCUGUUGGGCAGAUCGACAGUUCCUGUGAUUUGUCAGGCAUGCUUGAGGAAGAGAAUACAGACUGUUCCUGUAGGAAGAAAAAUAAAGCUGUGGACAGAAAAGGGGAUGGAGUGGAGCAAGCACCUAUUGUGGACUCUGGAACUGUGUCUGGUGGAGACAGCCACCUUCAGAGCAUGCCUGACUGUGGAGUAAAGGGCACAGAAGGCCUUUCAUCCUGUGGAAACAGAAAUGAAGAAACUGGAACAAAAUCUUCUAGAAUGUCCACAGACCAGAAGUGUUUGAGCAGUGGAGACAGUGUACUACAAGGAGACAUGGUCAUGGAGCCAGGUGCAGCCCAGCAUUCCCCUGGAGGAGAACUGGCAGGCAGUUCAGCAACAGAGGCCAGUACCCCAGAGACUGCAGGGGAAAUGGAACAUGGUCUCAUGAACCCAGAUGCCACUGUCCAGAAGAAUGUGCUUCAAGUAGGGGAAAGUACAAUGGUAAGAUCUGAGAACUCUAGUAUCAGCACAGCUGGAGCCUCUGAUGCACAAGUCACAAGCAAGCCUGUGGAUAAAGCCAUUGUUUCCAACUGUGUCUCUGUCACUGGUUCCCUGGGUGGUAACAAACCUACUGAGUCUCUGCUUGUAGUUAGUAGUAGAGAAACCUCCGUUGAAAAAACACCAGAGACUGAAACUUUAAGAAGUUGUGAAGAGAGUGCCAAUGCUCCAGUAGAUCAGAACUCUCUGGUCAUUCCAGCCGCUGCAAAAGACAAGAUUUUAGGUGGAUUAGAACCCAGUACUCCCUUAGCAGGCACAUGUGAGACAAUAUCACCCUCAGGUUUAACCUUUCCUGGGCCAGAAAAAGAUGUAAUGCCAAACCAAAAACCAGAAACGAAUUCAUCUCAUGCUCAAAACCAAAAGAGCAAAUCACCCAUUUGUUCUGUAGCUGGAGAGGGUGAACCUUGCACGGACUCUGCAUGUCAGCAGAACACAGUGACGUCUAGUGGUGAGGUGGGUGCAAGGCAGCGCGAUGGCGCAGUUAGGCAGCCUGAAGGCACCACAGCAGGGCGGGCGGGCACACAAGAUCCGCCCACUGCCGCCUGCUGUGCAGACCCACAGGCUCACACAGUCACCUCUGUCCCUGUGAGAGACACCCAGGAAUGUGGAGAUUUUUGUCCUCUCGAAGUUUUGGAUAAAGGGGGCCAAGGAAAAGAUCUGAAACAAGAUAAGCCUUUAACAAACACACUUGAGAUAGUUUCACAUCCACAGCCAGUUGUCCCUAAAACUGAGAAAGAACUAGUGCCAGACCAGGCACUGAUAUCAGACAGCACUUUCUCUCUGGCAAACACUCCAGGCAGUGAAUCAGUAACCAAAGAUGACGAAAUUUCUUUUGUCCCCUCCCAGAAAGAAAAGGGAACAGCAACUCCUGAACUACAUACGGCUACAGAUUGUAGAGAUGGCCUGGACGGAGAUUCAAAUGAUCCCCGUAAACAGCCACUAGAAGGCAAGGCAGCCGGCCAGUCUGUGUCCCCCACUGCUGUAGAGCUUCACUCCAGCAUGGGGAACGCCAGUCCCACAGGACAUGGUGGAGAACAUGAGAGCCCCAGCCCCUCAGCAACCGCUGAAGGUCUCAGUAUCAAGGAGGAUACUGACUCUUCCCCACCAAGUGUGGGCAAGGCCACUUUGGCCUCCAAUUCGGUUUUGACUGAAGAAGGAAAAAAUCUGGUGGCUUCAGAAAGCUUGGCAGCUCAGGGACAACAGAACAAAGAUAAAGCAGUGACUUGUUCCUCCAUUAAGGAAGAUACUGUUUCUUCAGGAACACUGCAAGAAGAGCAAAGAACACCACCUCCUGGACAAGAGACACCAGGAUUCCGUGGAAAACCUAUGUCAGCUGCCUGUGCCAAGGACAACGCACUUCAGCACAGCAAUUCACUGGAUACACCCUCUGGCUGUCUUGAGGCAGAAACUAAACAUAACAAGGAAGUGGCCCCGCAAGUCUCACUGCUGACUGAAGGUGGGGCUGCUCAGAGCCCGGUGCCACCAGGAGAAAGUCUGGCUGCAGACUUGAGGCAGGAAACUUUGGGUGCAGAGCAGAACGGCUCACCUCUGUUGCCAGAUGGGUCUGAGACUCUUAAUCACAAUCGACCUUUUGCUCAGGAUGUUGGAGUGAAGAACUCUCAAUCCCAGGGAAAAACCAGUGCCUGUGAAGCGAGUGGAAAUGUGAUGGUGGGUGUUGUAGCAGCUAAUGCUCUGCAAGGUACUGCUGGACCCAGAAGAAAGGAUGUAUCACACAACAACCAAGAUACUCUGAUUCCGAACGUCUCAUUGAGCCAAGAGAAGAAUGUGGUCCUGGGUUUGCCAGGAUCUUUACCAGACAAAGGUGUGACUGACCCACAGGGAGCUGCAGCCCCAGAGAUGGUACCUCUUGACGGGGAGAAAGGGAAGUUUCUGGGAACAGACCACAGCUGUACCAUGGGCGACUCUAAGGAAGCACAAAUGGACAACGAAGCACAUUGUGUCCUGCAGCCUGUUGCCAAGGAGCCCCCGACAGACACAGGGCUCUCAACCCAUGAUGACAAGGCUCCGGCUGGAGUGAGUGAAGCAGUGCGAGCUGUGGCCCCAGGCAGGGAAAGGAGUGCUCCUUCUCGACCUUGCACGGUCUCUGCCCAAGCUGCACAUCUGCCUGAGGGAGAAGACUUGAUAGAGGAGGCUGCCAGCCGCUUAGUGGAUGCUGUCAUCGAACGAGUCAAGGCCUCAGGAGCACUGCUUACUGAGGGGGAAGUCAGUCACACAUCACCGUCCAGUCCUGAGUCUGGCCCUCUGGCUGAACAGCCAGGGGUUGCUGCUACAGAGAAAGCGAAUGCCUUUCCGCCUGGGGAGGGCUUGCCAGUGGGCAGUGUUUGUGAGGAAUCUGCGGGGAACCUUGUAGGACGUUUUGCUGGAAGGGAGGAGCCAGAGAAGAAUAUUCUGUCUGUUCAAGGGCCUGAGCCAGCGACAGAAAUGCCAGACACGAAAGCUGAAGAUGAAGUGGAUUUUCUGAGUAAUACCAGAGCGAGUUCAGUUUCUGAAGAGGGGGCUGUAGGGAGUGUAGCUGCUACGCCCACGAUGAAGCAAGGCCUGAAGACCCAGGCGAUAAACCAAGAAAACUGGUGUACAAUAGAGCCAUGCCCUGAUGCAGCAUCUCUUUUGGCUUCUAAGCAGAGCCCAGAAUGUGGGAACUUCUUGGAUGUUGGAGUGGACAGAAAGUGUGCUUCAAAACAAGAUGUACUUAAACGAGAAUCUGGGAGUGAUUCUGACCUCUUUCACUCACCCAGUGAUGAAAUGGACAGCAUCAUCUUCCCAAAGCCCGAGGAAGAGCAGCUGAUAUGUGAUAUCACCGGAUCCAGUUCUUCCACUGAUGACACGGCUUCCCUGGAUCGACAUUCUUCUCAUGGCAGUGAUGUGUCCCUCUCCCAGAUUUCAAAGUCGAACCGGUCCAGAGAUCGACAAAGCCUUGAUGGCUUCUACAGUCCUGGGGUGGGAGCCGACGGUCGAGAGAGUGAGAGUGAGCCUGCUGGCCCAGGUGACAUGGAGGAGGAGGAAAUGGACAGCAUCACCGAGGUGCCUGCGAACUGCUCCGUCCUGAGGAGCUCCAUGCGCUCUCUGUCCCCCUUCCGGAGGCACAGCUGGGGUCCUGGGAAAAAUGCAGCCAGUGACGGAGAAAUGAACCUACGGAGUUCAAUGCGAGUUCUUGGGGAUGUUGUCAGGAGACCUCCCAUUCAUAGGAGAAGUAUGAGCUGGUGUCCCUCUGGUGUGCAAUACUCUGCUGCCCUGAGUGCUGACUUUAAUUACAGAAGUUUCAGCCUCGAAGGCUUGACAGGAGAUGCUGGUGUUGAAAACAAGCCAUCUUCAUCUCUAGAAGUAAACUCUGCGAACACCAAAGAGCUCAGACACCCCUUCAGUGGUGAGAAACGACGUGACUCUUUGGUGUCACUUUCAGAAGAAGAUCUGGAGUCAGGCCAGAGAGAACAUAGGAGGUUUGAUCAGGCAUGUCACAGAUCUAAGCAGCAGGGAUUUAAUUACUGUACAUCAGCAAUUUCUUCUCCAUUGACAAAAUCCAUCUCAUUAAUGACAAUCAGCCAUCCUGGAUUGGACAAUUCUCGGCCCUUCCACACCACCAGUGCUAAUCUGACUGAGAGUAUAACAGAAGAGAACUUCAAUUUCCUGCCACAAAGCCCCUCCAAGAAAGAUUUUGAAGGGAAGAGUGGAACAAAAGUUAGUCGUACCUUCAGCUACAUCAAGAAUAAAAUGUCCAGCAGUAAGAAGAGCAAAGAAAAGGAAAAAGAGAAAGAUAAAAUUAAGGAGAAGGAGAAAGACUCUAAGGAGAAGGAGAAAGACAAGAAGACUCUGAACGGACACACUUUCAGUCCCAUUCCUGUCGUGGGUCCUAUCAGCUGCAGCCAGUGCAUGAAGCCUUUCACCAGCAAAGACGCCUACACUUGUGCAAAUUGCAGUGCUUUUGUGCACAAAGGCUGCCGAGAAAAUCUGGCCUGCUGUGCAAAGGUCAGAAUGAAGCAGCCCAAAGGUAGCCUUCAGGCGCAUGACACGUCAUCACUGCCCACGGUCAUUAUGAGGAACAAGCCCUCACAGCCCAAGGAGCGCCCUCGGUCUGCAGUCCUCCUGGCAGAUGAAACCACUACCACCCCAAUGUUUGCUAACAGGCGGUCCCAGCAGAGCGUCUCGCUCUCCAAAAGUGUCUCCAUACAGAACAUUACUGGAGUUGGCAAUGAUGAGAACAUGUCAAACACCUGGAAAUUCCUGUCUCAUUCAACCGACUCACUAAAUAAAAUCAGCAAGGUCAAUGAGUCAACAGAAUCACUUACUGAUGAGGGAGUAGGUACAGACAUGAAUGAAGGACAACUAAUGGGAGACUUUGAGAUUGACGCCAAACAGCUGGAAGCAGAGUCCUGGAGUCGGAUUGUGGAUAGCAAGUUUCUGAAACAGCAAAAGAAGGAUGUGGUCAAACGGCAAGAGGUGAUUUAUGAGCUGAUGCAGACAGAGUUCCAUCACAUCCGCACGCUCAAGAUUAUGAGCGAUGUGUACAGCCGGGGGAUGAUGACAGAUCUGCUCUUUGAACAGCAGAUGGUGGAAAAGCUGUUCCCCUGUUUGGACGAGCUGAUCAGCAUACAUAGCCAAUUCUUUCAGAGGAUCCUGGAGCGGAAGAAGGAGUCGCUGGUGGAUAAAAGUGAAAAGAACUUUCUCAUCAAGAGGAUAGGAGAUGUGCUUGUAAAUCAGUUUUCAGGUGAGAAUGCAGAACGCUUAAAGAAGACAUAUGGCAAAUUUUGUGGGCAGCACAACCAGUCUGUAAACUACUUCAAAGACCUUUAUACCAAGGAUAAGCGUUUUCAAGCCUUUGUAAAGAAGAAGAUGAGCAGUGCAGUUGUGAGAAGGCUUGGAAUCCCAGAGUGCAUAUUACUGGUAACCCAGCGCAUUACCAAGUACCCAGUUUUAUUCCAAAGAAUAUCGCAAUAUACCAAAGACAAUGAAGUGGAGCAGGAAGAUCUUUCACAGUCCUUGAGCCUGGUAAAGGAUGUGAUUGGAGCUGUGGACAGCAAAGUGGCAAGUUAUGAAAAGAAAGUGCGUCUCAAUGAGAUUUAUACAAAGACAGAUAGCAAGUCGAUCAUGAGGAUGAAGAGUGGUCAGAUGUUUGCCAAGGAAGAUUUGAAACGGAAGAAGCUUGUGCGAGACGGGAGUGUGUUUCUGAAGAGCGCAGCGGGAAGGUUGAAAGAGGUUCAAGCGGUUCUGCUGACUGACAUUUUAGUUUUCCUUCAAGAAAAAGACCAGAAAUACAUCUUUGCAUCAUUGGACCAGAAAUCAACAGUGAUCUCUUUGAAGAAACUGAUCGUAAGAGAAGUGGCACACGAGGAGAAGGGUUUAUUCCUGAUCAGCAUGGGCAUGAAAGAUCCAGAGAUGGUAGAGGUGCAUGCCAGCUCCAAAGAGGAACGGAACAGCUGGAUUCAGAUCAUCCAGGAUACAAUCAACACCCUGAACAGAGACGAAGAUGAAGGAAUUCCUAGUGAGAAUGAGGAAGAAAAGAAAAUGUUGGACACCAAAGCCCGGGAGUUGAAAGAACAACUUCAACAGAAGGACCAACAGAUCCUCCUCUUACUAGAAGAGAAGGAGAUGAUUUUCCGGGACAUGGCUGAGUGCAGCACUCCCUUGCCAGAGGAUUGCUCCCCAACCCAGAGCCCCAGAGUCCUCUUCCGCUCCAACACGGAAGAAGCUCUCAAAGGAGGACCUUUGAUGAAAAGUGCAAUAAAUCAGGUGGAGAUCCUUCAGAGUUUGGUGAGUGGGAGCCUAGGAGGCACUCUCGGGCAGGCUGUCAGCAGCCCCGUUGAGCAGGAGAGCCCGGUCGGCCCUGUUUCCCUGCCCCGGAGAGCAGAGACCUUUGGAGGGUUUGACAGCCAUCAGAUGAAUGCUUCAAAAGGUGGCGAGAAGGAAGAGGGAGAUGAUGGCCAAGAUCUUAGGAGAACAGAAUCGGAUAGUGGUCUGAAAAAGGGUGGAAAUGCUAACCUGGUAUUUAUGCUUAAAAGAAACAGUGAGCAAGUUGUCCAGAGCAUCGUCCAUCUCCACGAACUCCUCAGCACUCUGCAGGGUGUGGUGCUGCAGCAGGACAGCUACAUCGAGGACCAGAAGCUGCUGCUGAGCGAGAGGGUGCUCGCCCGGAGCUUGUCACGCCCGAGCUCGCUCAUCGAGCAGGAGAAGCAGCGCAGCCUGGAGAAGCAGCGCCAGGACCUGGCCAACCUGCAGAGGCAGCAGGCGCAGCACCUGGAGGAGAAGCGCAGGCGCGAGCGCGAGUGGGAGGCCCGGGAGCGGGAGCUGCAGGAGCGCGAGGCCCGGCUGGCGCAGCGCGAGGAGAAGGUGCAGCAGGGGCAGCGGGACCUGGAGAGGGACUGGGAGGAGUUCCAGCAGAAGAAGGGCACGUACCAGUGUGACCUGGAGAGGCUGCGCGCCGCCCAGAAACAGCUCGAGAGGGAGCAGGAGCAGCUGCGACGAGACGCGGCAGAGCGGCUCAGCCAGCGGCAGACGGAGCGGGACCUUUGCCAGGAUUCACACCAAUACAGCAAGUUGAUGAGGAUCCCAUCCUUCUUGCCCAGUCCCGAGGAGUCCCUCUGGCCACCUGCACCUUCGAUAGCCAAAUCUGCAUCGUUAGACUCAGAACUCUCAGUGUCCCCAAAAAGGAACAGCAUCUCUCGGACACAUAAAGAUAAGGGGCCUUUUCACAUACUGAGUUCAACCAGCCAGACGAACAAAGUAGCCGAGGGGCAGAGCCAGGCCCCAGCACCCACCUCUGCCUCCACCCGCCUGUUCGGGUUAGCUAAGCCAAAGGAAAAGAAGGAGAAGAAGAAGAAGAGCAAAACAGGCCGCUCUCAGCCCGGUGAUGGUCCUGCGGAAGUAUCAGCCGAAGGGGAAGAGAUUUUCUGCUGACCUUUCUCCUCUCUGCGGAGGCAGCCGCUUCCUGGUCCUGGCCAGGGGUUCCCAGCCCACCUCUCUUGCUGUCCCUGUGUGCACAAGUCUCCUACACUGGACACCCGCUGCUCCUCAGCGUUCGGUCCUCCAGGGCAGCCCUGGGUCCUGGGCAAAAGGAGCAGAAUGUGUUGAGUGUCAGGGUGGGGAGGGAAGCCCAGACUCUGCUUCGGCCAUGGCUUUGUGGCUGCCAAGGACUCGUGGGUUGGGGCUGGCCCUGCUCAGGGUAUUCCACUGAAGGUAGCGGCCCGGGAAGUGCAGGCAGUGGUUGUGGACAUGUUGGGAAUUCCUAAAGUCUGAAACAGUGUUUCCAAAUGAGGUCUGAAACUCUGACUGCCUUUUAUUUGUGGAAACAUAGCCAAAACCAGACAGCAGAUAGCUUGGACUUUAUCUGUGUACGUAUGCAGGGACCUGCAUACCCACGUGGGGUACGCCAGGAGCACGCACGGCCUGCAGGGGGCGUGUGGUCAGCUUAGCUCAGCACGAGAGGGGUGCCUGGACGCUCAGAACUUCACCGGCAGUCCUCAGAGAUUGGGUUCCCUUCAAACCCACCUGUGCACACACCACCCCCUUUUGGGCAUGUAUUCUCAUUUCAUUUUAGAAGGGAUGGCAGACAUUCGUGACAGCAGUGAGAGAAGGCGGGGCGCGUAACAGCAUGUGGCCUGCACCACCUGGAUCUCGUGUUUCAGGCACUCAAAAUUAAGUAUCUCAUUUUCUCAUCAAGUCCAGAGGAAAUACACUGGCUUUCCAAGAUGUGUGCCCACAUGUUCUGGGCACACAUGAAGUAGAGAGGCCUCCUUACCAUCUUCCUGGCAGUGUGACACUUUUUGGUUGUCACUAACCAUUCAGUAAUGGCCGGGGCCUCCUGGCAUGUUCUGAGCCCUCACAGCGGCUCCCGGGCGCUGCGCCCGGCCUGGUGGGGAGAGUGCGCCCUGCGGCACGCCGCUGGGAGGGGCCGGGCAGGAGCUGUGCUCUGAGGGCCCCAGCAAGGUUGUCCCCGCCCCCGUGCCAGGACAACUGGCAGAGAAGUAGGUUCAGGUGAAGGGUCGAGCCCAGGUGUAGCGGUUCCUGCCCAUUACACGCCAGAAGGAGCUGACCCGAAAGGUGUCAGAAGGCCUUGGCAAAAUUUGGUUUCUUAAAAAAAGUUCUAAAUCUAAAAAGUCUGUUGGUUAAUUGUAUGCACCCCUGAACGAUGGCACGGUUGCCGCCUGCUGCUGCUUUGCUUCUCUCGUUUUCUUUUCCCGCUGCGUUCUGGUCCGUGUCCGCCUGAGGCUUCCCGGCAGCUGGUUUUGCAGGACGGUUCAUUGGUAGCGUUUCCCUCUGAGGCCCCUGCACCAAAGGGAGACCCUGCGAGGUUCUGUGCUUCACAUGUGGCCUUCGGUUCCUGCUUUUUGCCCCUCAGAAGCAUGGGGCUUUGAACAUACUUUUAAAAAAACAAAAAAAAUCUGUAACCUGGUGCUUGUUGAUGAAUUGCAAGCUGGCCUUGCAGAUGGAGAUAUUUAUCUUUCAGUUUAUUUGAAAGAGGUCUGGUUUAAAAUUUCUAGCCUAGAUUUGUUUUAUUUAUUUUGUGUGUGUUGUUUUGUUUUGUUUUGUUUUGUUUUGUUUUGUUUUGUUUAAGGGUGAACCAGUACCAGCCCGACAGUUGACAGUGAUCAGUGCCAAGAGGGCCUGGCAGUGAGCCGCUCACUCCUCAGUGUCUUUCCAGGGCCUUGAAGGCCCGGGCGAAAUCUAAGGGUUGGAGAAGAGGGCCAGGUCCUUCCCUUCCCCACCCCACCUCACUGUUCUAUCAAGGGAGUCUUCUCCCUCAUUUGAGAAUUAAGAAGUUGCCACCUAUGGAUGUUAAAGUGUCUUUUACUCCCAACUAGCUAUGAUGUUUAACUUUGGUUGCUUGGUGGUGUUUUUAAAAAAAUGGAAAUUUCACCUUUGCCCACCCUCCAUUACCUUAAAACGGUUUGGUCAGGUUCUGGUUGGACAAGUUGAGACUCAGAGUCAGAAGAAUGCCCCGGGCUUCAUCCAGGAGUAUGGUCUGCGGCGCAGAAAGAACCUCUUACCACGAACUGCUUCUGCAUACCUGUGCCAUCUCUUCCCGCCUUUGAAACUGACCUCAAAGGGACCUAAUAUUGUGCUUGGGGAGUUACCUGGGUUGUGGCUGCUUGUGCUCUUGCUUAUGACUUUGAGAGUUGCUCUAGUUACCGAGUCUAAAGCCCUGUCUGGUUUUCUCUCCUGUGAGAAGGGGUGGUUUCUAGGUGACUCAGAUUGAAUUCCCCAUCGCUGUUCCCACGUGAGGAAGCCGAGCUUCUCCACCAAGCUAAAGAAAUCAGGUGCCCGAAAUUGUGCUUAAGCUUUGGGGCACAGAUGGAGAUACUAUCCAAAGUCCCCAGUGUCUAGAACCUCGUGCAUGUCCUGGAAGGGUACUGCAUCUUGUGUUGGGUGUAAUCAUCUCCGUGGUUGCCAUCUCAAUUGGGUGGCAUGCACUUUAAACGCUCCCCUCAGUUGGCUUCAUUUUUGAGACAAUCAAAAUAUAUUUUCUUCUUAGAAAAUGAAGAGGGUUAAAACAUGCAAAUCGCCAUAUUCAGCCUUUGCCAACAUUCUCUCCACCCUAUGAGAGCAAUCUGUGGGGAAGGAAUCCUUAUCGAGAUUUUUUUUUAAAGGUACGAAUCUUACCUUUUUUCCUCCCCAUAUAUGUCUCAGGGUAAUACCACUCAGAGUCAUCCCUCUGCUGAUUUUCUCCCUCACUUACUAUCUUCCCAAGGCCUCAAUAUUAAUAAGCACGAAGUUUUGAGACCAUUGGGGUUUGUUUGUCGUUUACUAGGGAGAGGUGUUAGUGUGCAAGGGUUUAAUUAAAAUACUCCCUGCCUUAAAUAAGGGUGGAACCAUAACCUUGAUAGGCCAGAACAUGAUCUAGAAAUUGCCAUCCAGAAAAGUACUUUUAUUUCAUUCUUUUGUCUCUAAGGCUCUUUUCCCAUAGCCAGCUCUGCCUUCCCGAGGAUUUUGGUAUUUGCACUGGGGCUGAAGUUGAAUGGUGGGUGGCUACUUGUGCCGAGAGGACAGCCAGGCCCUAGGAGGGGGUUUGUUUAGAAGACAGCCCUGGUGAGUGGCUUUCAGUGGCCAGAAAGAAGGUGGCUGAGGUGACUCCAGACCUGCCCAAGGGUACCCACCCUCCAUGCUUGCAUGCCCUGGAAAGGUGGAAACCUUGCAAUGACCCUUUGGAUGAAGUGGUGGCCGAGGCUGCAGGAGAUGCACGUGCCUUGCCUGCCUUCAGGACCGACCCGGUGUCGCUCCUGUCCGUCCUCAGAAACAAAGGAGGGCAAAGAGUUUGUUUGGGUUUGGUUCUUAAUUUUUGUUUCAAUGUAGCAUAACAUUCCUCGUUAACCAGAGCCUUGGAACCUACUGCCUGCUGGCCAGGUUUUGAAAUGACAGGUAUUUUAAUGCUGCCAUAAAAGGAAUUAAAAAAAAAAAAAAAAAAAGGAAGGGAAAAUAAAGGUAUCCUGCCACAUACUCAUCUAAUUUAAUUGUCAAAGAUUGACAGGCCAUGAAUUAUUUCUCCAUCUCACUGAGGUUUGAAGGUGGGCACCCCCCACUGGCUAAGUGUCCCUUGCCACACAAGCGAGUGACCUGCCCUGGAACCCGGCGGGCCCUGCCUCUGCUGCAGACCGAGGGCCUUCUGCAGGAAGCACAGAACCCACUCACCCCAGACCACGCUCGGGAGCUGUCCCCUGCCUUUCGUCACCACCCGACGUGGGGCGCGCCCAGUCUGCCUGUGGUUCAGGUUCAGCCCCGUGGCUUCCCGUGCGUUGCUUGCCCGCGUGGGCUGCGCUGGGGACCGAGGAGCUGCAGGAGGGCCGCAGGGACACGCCUCACGCCCCGCCCUCAUUGGUGGUUUCCAGAUGCUCGCUGUCUGGACGUUAAUCUGCGCUAAAUCCUAUUAAAUGAAAAGAGGGGUUAAAACCCAAAUGCUGUAUAUUAAGUUGUAAUUAUGUACAGAGUGAAGCAGUUUUAAACUGUAAAGGUUUUUUUUUUCAGUGUGUUUUCUGGGAUUUUGCCACGACAUAUGGGCUUUGUAUUUUAUUUAUCUUCUUCUCUAGUUACCGGCUUCAGGUUCUUGUAAAGUCCCCCUCCGCCCUUUCAGAAAAAUAAAUUUCCUUUCAAGUCUUGA